CACUUUUGUACACAAAAUUGAUUUGAUGUGAAAGAUGGGUUUUAUCAGAAAAUCCUUCAGACUCUUCAUCUUCUUCUGCCUCCUGGGGAUAAUGGUAAUUCCAUCUGCUGCUUCUGAGAAAGUUUCAGUGACUCUCUACUACGAAACUCUGUGUCCGUACUGUGCAGACUUCAUUGUCAACCGGCUGGUCAAGAUCUUCCAGAACGGUCUCAUCUCCGCCGUCAAUCUCCGGCUGGUCCCUUGGGGCAACGCCUGGUUCAAUCCCGACGGUUCCUUCGCCUGCCAGCAUGGAUCAGAUGAAUGUUUGCUCAACACCAUUGAGGCCUGCACCAUUAGCAUCUAUCCUGAUGUGAAUCGGCAUUUCACAUUUAUCCACUGCGUUGAGCGCUUUACAUUGGGGGGCAAACACGGUGCUUGGGCCAAUUGCUUUGAAAUGACAAGAUUGGGCACUGAGCCUAUCGAUUGCUACAACAGUGGAAAUGGCUAUGUGAUUGAAGGAAGCUAUGCUAGGGAAACUGCUCAGCUUAAACCUCCACAUAGAUUUGUGCCAUGGGUGAUUGUCAAUGAUAAACCACUUCAAGAGGACUACCAAAACUUUAUGGCCUAUAUUUGUAAGGCUUACAAAGGCACACCUCCACAAGCUUGCGGAUCAAUUCGUUAUAAGACCGAAUCAACCGAGCAAGAAAAACCGGUUCCUCAAGUGUGCUUUGCAAACCAAGGAAGGAACUCUUCACAUUAAUGCUCAUCUGCAAAAUUUAGUAUAUGUACCCUUAUAUAUAUGGGUUAUGUGACACAAGUCACUGUAAUUGUGGGGUUUGUAAUACCAGAGAACGCUUCAAUGCGCAGCGUUUCAUUGAUGCCAUGGAGGUGACCAAGUGAUGGCAAACUUGACAGCAGUCGGUUGUUGUGUCAUUGCUUGCAUCUUUCACAUUACUAUAAAAUUGGUGUAUAAUGAAAUAUGAUGAAUUGCUGCUCUCA